UCAUAAAAACACUUGUCCCAACAUACCGGCGAGUUAGUUGAAAUUUUCAAAACGCGUCGUACCUCCAUUCCAUACCUGACAGCAAGUCAACGAGCUGAUUUCACCACCUACUUUUUUUCCGGCUUCCACCUCCGGCCGUGUUUUGGCCACGUAUAAUCCUCACCGGCGUCGCCGAUCGGUCAACGGCAGGCGAUUCAAAAGUCAAAAGGCACAGUAUAUACAUAAAUAUCCGUAUGUAGUUAUUCCGUUCAUGAUGCAACAAACAAGCCUCGUUAGGUCUGAAUGAGAACUUAGAAUUACAGUGUAUUUAUCAACUAAUCUAGGAUGAUGUUGGUAGUAAAUUGCAUUCAAGCAUCGUUAUUUAAACUCCUAAUCUCUAUGCAGCUCUGCUGUUGGUUCUCACUAGUCUGAUUUCUUCAACAAAAUCGGACUACAAAAUGAUUCUCUCCGGUCUUCUUACGUCUGUAGCAAUCAAUUUUGCACUUUGUGUAAUCUUCUUCACCUUGUAUUCAAUUUUGAGAAAACAACCUUCAUUUUAUAAAGUUUAUGCUCCACGUAUGCUUGCCGAAGGGAUAGCCAGUGUCCGUAGACCAAGACAAUUUCAUUUGAGUAGGCUGUUACCCAACGCCGGUUGGAUAAAAAACGCAUGGCAUCCUACCGAAGAACAACUACUGUCAUAUUCAGGACUUGAUGCGGUGGUAUUCAUGCGAAUAAUCACCUUCAGUUUUAAAGUAUUUACCAUCGCGGGGUUUGUUGGAAUCUUUAUUCUGAUUCCUGUGAACUGCUCGGGAAAUCAGCUGCAAGAUGUCGAUUUUAUAAACUUAACGAAUAAUACAUUGGAUGUAUUUAGCAUUUCGAAUGUAAAUAAUGGAUCAACAAGUUUAUGGAUACAUUUAGGUGCUGUCUAUUUUGUCACCAUUAUUGUUUGUUGUUUACUCUUUUCAGAAUACAAAUACAUAUCUACAAAAAGGAUUGAUUAUUUCUGUUCAUCAAAACCUCAACCUGAACAGUUCACUAUAUUAGUUAGCAAUAUACCUGUUUCAAAGGGUAGCAAUGUUGGCAACAGUGUUGAAAACUUUUUCACCGAAAAUCACGCAGACACGUAUCUAUCUCAUGUGGUGGUUCAUCGAAAGAGCAAAGUUUGGACUGUCGCUCAUGCUUUGAAGAAACUCUACAAAAAGAUUUUCAAAAUAAAAAAGGCGCCAACUCAGCAACAGUUCACGCGUGAUGGUUUUUUAGUUGACUCAAACGGGAAAGUGAAAAAGGACAAAUCCAGAGAGGAAGUCAGAGCUGCCUUCGUGUCAUUUAAGUCCCGUUACGGUGCGGCAAUCGCUCUUCACAUGCUACAGUCAAACAAUCCCACGCAGUGGCGAACAGAACAAGCACCUGAGCCACAGGAUGUUUAUUGGCCUUUUUUUUCUUCAACAUUUAUGAGAAGAUGGAUUUCAAGACUAGUGGUCAUUGUAUCGUGUGUUAUACUUACAGUUUUAUUCCUUAUUCCGGUUUUUAUAGUUCAAGGACUUACAAAUCUUGCGCAGUUGGAAACUUACUUUCCUGCCCUCAAAGGUAUCCUUACCAUGUCUAUUGUAAGUCAAGUAAUCACGGGGUACCUUCCGAAUUUGAUUCUUCAGAUGUCAUUAAAGAUAGUUCCUCCAAUUAUGAAAAUAUUAUCCUCUCAACAAGGAUAUAUUUGUAAUAGUGAUAUUGAAAGGAGUGCUUGUCACAAAGUAAUUUGGUUUACCGUGUGGAACGUGUUUUUCGCCAAUGUUUUAUCUGCAUCGGCUGUCAAUCUGGUAUUCAUAAUUCUUGAGUUCAAGGAGAUUCCUGACAAGCUUGCUAUCUCUGUCCCCGCUCAGGCAUCAUUUUUCAUUGCAUACGUGGUGACAUUAGGAUGGACGAGCACUUCGUCAGAACUCUUUCGUGUGAUUCCAUUCAUAGGAACCUUAAUAAGUAAACCUUUUUCAAGAAACUCAGAUAAUGUCACAGUUCCAUCUUUUCCGUAUCAUAAAGACAUUCCAAAGGUUCUCUUUUUUGGACUUCUAGGAUUUACGUAUUUUUUCCUCGCUCCUCUCAUCAUUCCCUUUCUCUUGGUUUACUUUUCUCUAGCAUACAUCAUCUACCGAAACCAGCUAUUAUACGUCUAUGCGCCAAAGUAUGAAUCUGGUGGGAAGUUUUGGCCCGUUGUUCACGAUUCCACUAUUUUCUCUCUUGUUUUGAUGCAAUUCAUAGCAUUUGGAAUAUUUAAAAUGAAGAAGCUUCCUUAUGCAACAUCUGUCACUUUCCCUCUUCCGGUCAUCACUCUUCUCUUCAAUGAAUACUGUCGAAAACGCUUUUUACCCAUUUUUAUGGCUUAUUCAACCGAGACUUUACGAAAGAAAGACAGAGAAGAUCAAACUCUACCAGAAAUGCCUCGUUUAUUGAGGCAAGUUAGUGAAGCCUACCAGGACCCCGCAUUAGUUCCCCUGUCGUAUUCAUCAAGUCAUAAUAGUCUUCGUGAACCGCUUAUCCCUGUCGCUGAAGUUCGAGGCUAAAACAUUCAUAUUAGUUUUUAAGUCAUUGUAAAGAAGCAUUAAGUGAAUUUUGUGUGCAUAGAAUAGAUUCACAUGUAACUGAUGCUUGAUUUUUUUUUUUUUUUUGAACCACAGUAGAUACUGGAUUUGUAAUUUAUAUUCUAGCUUCUUAUGUUGAUUGUAUUGAGUAUUUACACUA